UUAGCCUCUUUCUUGUUCAAAUCUCGUCCUCAAGCAGAGAGACCUGCUGCCAAGUCUCUCUUCCACCUUUUCCACUCACCUAUGACCUCAGUUCCGGAGGUGGACUGUUGAGAAGUGUGGAGGUGAACUACCAGAGACACCAGGGAGUACCAUGCUCAGUGCACGCGGUGGGAGGGCAGGACGUUCCCCUGUCUGUAGGAUGAGAAUCCUGAGGAGCUUUCAGGAGUCCAGAAGCCAGAGGGUAAUGGCUAUGGUGAGGUCCUCACUACAAAAAGUGAUGCUCUUUCUGCACAGAAUCCAAAGGGUUGCUUUCACAUCACAGAAAUAUCGAAAACUGCGUAAGGACCCACAAGCAGAGAUUGAUUCUCUCAGAGGGGGGACCAAGCACAGGGACCAAACACAGGGCAUCCAAGCAAUAUGUUAUGAUGAAAUCAUGCAGCAAAAUGAUGGGAAUACUGCCUUUGCUAGCAGGGGGGCAGGGCUUCUGGCUCUGCUGGAGGAGAUGUGGUUCUGGGUGUGCUUGAAGGAAGAGGAGCUGUCAUGCCAAAGCCCUGCUGAAGAUGAUCUUCAUAUUCUACUCCAGCAACAAGGCUAUUGCUUGGCUCUAGAGAGGGUGCUAGGCAGUGGGAGUCAGAAUUUGGACUCCACUCUUGAGCAGGUGUGCUUGGCCCUGGCUCCGCAUCCUGCAGAGGAUCUGAGGGAGGUCAGCAUUGAAGCAGCAGCAGCAUGCACUCUGCAGAAGAGUGAUUGUGGGCGCUUGGCUGGAACUGUACAGGAUGAUGCCGUGGACGUCCAGCAGUGCUGGAAAUGUCUCCAUAGUCACGCAGGCAGCUGGCAGCAACAGAGACAUUUUGAGAGAACAGAGGUCCACCCCAAUGUAACAGCCAUGAAUGUCAGUUUGGUUCCCCCUCCUGACAUUCGUCUGGGUCCUGUGUCGUCAUCGCUACCUCAUAGCCCCAAAACACUAAUGGACCUUUCAGAGAGGAUAGAGAUGGAUCAGCACAGAUGGCACCUAGAUGCUCAGGGUGAUAACACACUACUGUCUCAAGACUUCUUGUCAGUCUCAGUUUGGUCUCCAUGGCAGAGGGCAGUGCUCCAUAACGGUGUUCCUUACUACAUCAACCAUGAGUGGCAGACCACAUCAUGGAAUCAUCCAAAAAUGACUCAGCUAUUUAAGUCAAUGGCUGAGCUGGGAGAUGUACGUUUUUCUGCCUACCGCACAGCUAUGAAGAGCCGACGAGUGCAGAGAGUGUUGGCCUUGGACCUUCUAGAGUUGUCCAUGGCCCAGGGUGCCUUUGAUCAACAUCAGCUAAUUCAUAAUGCUCAUCUUCUGGAGGUUCCAGCUGUCAUAGCCUGUCUAUUAACAAUCUACACUGGACUUCAUCAGGUGUAUCCAGAACGGAUCAAUGUCCCUCUUUGUGUUGAUCUAUGUCUUAAUUGGCUUCUAAAUGUCUAUGACAGUGGUAGAAAUGGGAAAGUUCAAGUCCUAUCCAUGAAGAUUGGGCUGCUUUCUCUUUCAAAGGGACACCUUGAUGACAAGUACAAAUACUUGUUCAGCCAGGUGGCCUGCUCAGGGGGUGGUUGUGACCCGCAGCAGCUGACCCUACUGCUGCACACCACCAUGCAGAUCCCCCGCCAGCUGGGUGAGGCAGCCGCCUUUGGGGGCAGCAACGUGGAGCCCAGUGUUUGGAGCUGUUUUCAGCAUGUGGGUAGUAUGGAGACAAUUGAGCUGGACCAGUUUGUGGAGUGGAUGCAUCUGGAGCCCCAGUCCAUGGUGUGGUUACCAGUGCUGCACCGAGUGGCUGCAGCCGAGACUGCCAGGCACCAGGCCAAGUGCAACAUCUGUAAAGGGUUCCCCAUAGUGGGCUUUAGGUAUCGCAGUCUAAAGCAUUUUAACUAUGAUGUAUGCCAGAGGUGUUUUUUCUCUGGACGAAACACCAAGGGUCACAAGCUAAACUAUCCCAUGGUGGAGUAUUGCAGCCCUACAACCUCUGGGGAGAAUGUGCGUGACUUCACCAAAGUGCUGAAAAACAAAUUUCGGUCAAAGAAGUACUUCACCAAACACCCACGUCUUGGAUACCUACCUGUACACACCAUUAUGGAGGGUGAUCCAGACACGUGAGUAUUAAUGAUAUAAUUGUACUGUUUGUGAACUGAUGCUUUUCUCUUACUUCAUGAUAUGUAUCACAUAUUUGCUGACCAAUACUUCUA